CCCACACAAACACCCAGAAGCCCUUGCCUUGGUGAGGCCACAGAGAAACAGGGGCUGCAAGGCAACAGGAGAAGGGGUGGGGCUUCCCUGUGGGGUGUGGGUGAUUGGCCAGUCCUAUUAGAAACCUCAGGAGUCAGGACCAGGGAGUUUGUGCCCCCACAGUCUGCCUCUGUUCUGAGCUUCUGUUCUGAGCCUCCCCCUGGCCUCUGCCCCUGAGAACUUGUGUCUGAAAGGGAGCCUGGAGAUAAAAAGUUCCGUGGCUUCACCCUGCUACUCACCUUCCUUGUUUAUACCUGUUAUCACAUGUCCAGGAAGCCCAUCAGCAUUGUCAAGAGCCGUCUGCACCAGAACUGCUCGGAGCUGAUCAAACCCAUCAAUGACAGCCACAGUGUAAAUGAUACCUCGUGGUGCAACUGGAGUCCAUUUGAUAAAGAUGACUACAAGGAGUUACUGGGGGCUGUGGACAACGCCUUCCUUGUGGCCUAUGCCAUCGGCAUGUUUAUCAGUGGGAUUUUUGGGGAGCGGCUCCCCCUCCGUUAUUACCUUUCAGCUGGAAUGCUGCUCAGUGGCCUUUUCACCUCCCUCUUUGGCCUGGGAUAUUUCUGGAACAUCCACGUACUCUGGUACUUUGUGCUCAUCCAGAUCUGCAAUGGACUUGUCCAAACCACAGGCUGGCCCUCAGUGGUGGCCUGUGUCGGCAACUGGUUUGGGAAGGGGAAGCGGGGCUUCAUCAUGGGCAUCUGGAAUUCCCAUACAUCUGUGGGCAACAUCCUGGGCUCUCUGAUCGCCGGCAUCUGGGUGAACCAAGAUUGGGGCCUGUCAUUUAUUGUGCCUGGUAUCAUCACAGCUAUCAUGGGCAUCAUCACCUUCCUCUUCCUCAUCGAAUACCCAGAAGAUGUGGACUGUGACCCUCCGCAGCACCACGAUGGGUCAGACAAGGACCAGGACAACCCUGAGGACCCUGAGAACAGUCCCUACUCUAAUAGAGAGGGCAGCCAGGAGACCAUGGCCAGCUGCUCCAAGGAGCCAUGUGCUGAACCUGUGGCCAUCAGCUUCCUGGGAGCACUCAAGAUCCCGGGUGUGAUCGAGUUCUCUUUCUGUCUGCUCUUUGCCAAGCUGGUCAGUUACACCUUCCUCUACUGGCUGCCUCUCUACAUCUUCAAUGUGGCUCACUUUGGUGCCAAGGAGGCUGGGGACCUGUCUACGCUCUUUGAUGUUGGUGGCAUCAUAGGUGGCAUCAUGGCAGGGCUCAUCUCUGACUACACCAAUGGCAGGGCCACCACUUGCUGUGUCAUGCUGAUCUUGGCUGCCCCCAUGAUGUUCCUGUACAAUUAUAUUGGUCAGAAUGGGAUUGUCAGCUCCAUAGUGAUGCUGAUUAUUUGUGGGAUGCUGGUCAAUGGCCCUUAUGCCCUUAUCACCACGGCAGUCUCUGCUGACCUGGGCACUCACAAGAGCCUGAAGGGCAAUGCCAAGGCCCUCUCCACUGUCUCGGCCAUCAUUGACGGCACGGGCUCCAUAGGUGCUGCUCUGGGGCCCCUGCUUGCCGGACUCAUUUCCCCCACAGGCUGGAACAAUGUCUUCUACAUGCUCAUCUCUGCCGACAUCCUGGCCUGCUUGCUGCUCUGCCGGUUGGUGUACAAAGAGAUCCUAGCUUGGAAGGCAUCCCUGAGCAAAGGCAGAGGCUCUAGUCUGGCCCUAACCCACCCGCGAUAAUAUUUUCCUCAAGUCCCACAACUUUUGUAUAAAGAAAUAUGAAGCCUCGACUGAAAAAGAAGUGUGGAGGGUCCCUGCUGGGUCCCCAAAGCACUCCUCAUGGGCAAGACAAUGGAAACUUAUACUGACAGGUGAGGUAAAGCCUCCGGAUCCAACACUAGCCAGCCAGCUCAGCCCAGCCUAGCCCAACCCAUGAAGCUGCUAAGGGGACAGAAAAUUCUCCAUGGGAAGGGACUGCCAAGCAAAGGACACAAAAGGCCCAAGGACUGAGCUCAGGGAGCUGCAAGCAGAAGGGAUGGGAUCGGAGCAGGAGGGAAGGACGUGCAGACUACUGCUUAUUCAGACUCCAUGACUGAAGGCAAAGGCUCUAGGGCCAAGGCCUGGAAAAGAUGUCUCUUUUUCCUGUGUUUAAUUCUUAUGUCCAUAAUCACCCAGUUCCUGUAGGGGUCAUCUCUCUCAUCUCAAAGGUGCCCAGCCCCUGUCUCUUUGUCCAUGAACCAGUCUUUUCUCUGUAUUUCUCCAAGUUGGGUCCUCUUCUUCCACCCCCAUUUGAUUCUGUUGAUAACUCCCUUGGCCACUUUGAUUAAAGCUUAUGGCUGUUCUUCCAGGGCCAAGACUAUGAUGGGGCAAGGGAGCUGCCUCAGUAAGGGGGCACUUACUCUUGGGCUUGUGUGUGUGCCCACCCUGGCUGCUGAGUGCCUCCUCGCCUCGCCUGGUCCUCAGCUCUUGAUGAUGCCUCAGUACAUAAUGACAUCAGUGUCAGUGCUACGGGGACUGAUGGGGUGAGGCAUGACUGACAACCCCAGCAGGUGUAUUACACACUUUGAGAAUGAAAUGCCAGUAGUUACUGAGUACCCCCUACACACCAGCUCUAUCAUAGUAAUGAAGUAGACAAGGGACAGAAGAAUAGGAUUUAUACUCUAGCACAAGUGUCAGGAUGACCACACUAGCAAGAAAUGAGGGUGCUGCCUGGUUCAUUUGAGCAGCUGCUAAUGUGCUGUUGCUCGGAGCUGUCUGCAGUGUUCUAAAGUGCCUGCUCCUACACCAGGUCCUGGACUGUGACAUGCCAGACUCCUGGCAUUUCUGUCUGACCUCUGGAGCUGUCUAUCAGCACAAGGACAGAUUUCCUUUGCCAGCUAUGCUGUGCUUACCCUUGGUAGGUCUUGGCCCAGCAGCAGGAAGCAGUGUCCCAGGAGCACACGUUUGGUGUGCUGGGGCUAUUGACAACCAACAUUCAUGGAGGGCAUGCUCAUGACAUUGAUGACUUGUGGAACAUGCUGGAAGCCUAGAGCCCCAUACAAGAUACAACCAUUAUAUUUACUGGGAUACUGGGUGGGCUGGUGCAGUACCGUACCCUGGAUACACAGGUUAAAAUCGGUUGUAUGGGCCACAGUGGUAAUGCCUAGGGAGUCUCAUGUGCUUGAUUUACACUUUGGCUCUAGGAGGAGUCAGUCAGAGAUCUCUAAGUCUUCAGAGCCCACAGGAGCAGGAGCUAUGAUACAUGGCUUUAUGCUCAGCAUUUGUGAUUGCUUCUCCUAAGACUGGAUUUUUCUGACUGCAUCACCUAGGAAGGCUAGGCUUAAAAAGUUGUGUUAUUUCUAAAAGCCACUAGAUGGUGACACAAUCCUGUGGUAGAGCCCAGCGUGGGCUGGUGUUGCUGCCCUGCUCCCUGGAAGGGAGAGAGCGCAGAGGUUUCCUACCUGGCCCUCUCUGCAGGGGAUGAUGGUCAGGACAGGGGAGAUGGCUCUUUUGAAGGUCUUCUCUCCCCUAGCUUCACCAUUUACUAGCUGCACCUAUUUCCUCAUCUAGAAAAUGGUAAUAACAUUCCCUACCUCAUAGGAGUGGUGUGAAAAGAGAUAGAUGAGUAUUAAACGCUUCGUGCCCUCAAGGAACUUGUCUCAUCAGGGAUAAUAUAGGGGAUAUGAUAAUGUUUAUAAAUAACACAAGCCUCCCCCAGCUUGCAGCACUUUAUCACCUCUGCUCUCAUCCAUCCUCUUCCCCAAUCUGCUGCAUCGUACUGGUGUCCGUCAUAAAUGGAUGCCAUGCUGCACUACUAAGGCCAAACUCCGAAAGGACAAAGGAGUGAAGAAAGAAAAUGGCAGUCCACCUGUCAUGCUUCUUGCCCAACUCCCACUAUUUGCAGCAGCUGAAUCAGCCAGUUUAGCCAACAACUCCUCUGGCAGCAGCUGAAUCAGCCAGUUUAGCCAACAACUCCUCUGGUGUCCUGACGCCCCAGCACUAGGGUCUGGGAAAUGAACAAGACACAUCAGCUCCUCCUAGCAGAUAAGUCUGGCACUAGAGAUAUGCAAGAAGCACUGUGGGGCUCAGAGCAUGGCCUUGGGAAUGAGGGCUUGGGCUGUGGCUGGGCAGCUGGAGACGUUCCAAAGGCCAGAGGAUCGAUAGCCCUGAGAUCCACCCCUUGGCACUCACCUCCCAGUGCCAGGUUGCCUGCCCCCCUCAGUUCUGGGCACUGGCUGUGCACUAGAGGCCCAAUACCUGCCUUCUCUCUGGGCCUCUGCACUCACAUGGGGCUAAUGCAAGAGCAUUACGUUAAUUAGUUAUUCAUUUAAUUUAACUUCACAUUUGGUCUCAAUUAAGCUUAAAAUGUUCUUCCUUGUAGAUGCUACAAUAGCACUUGUAAUUAAAAAGCAAUAACUCUUUGCGUUUCUCCUUUAGAGAUCCAUUGGGAGGUUGGGCUAGUGUGUGUGGGACUACUGUUGGUGGAGGGGUGUUGGGGAAGGAGAAAGAAGCAACGGAAAGGGAAAGAAGCACUUAAUACAGCUUGCCAUUAUAAAGCUACCACAAAGACUGAUAUUGGGAGGAAGAAACUCAACAUGUCAUGGGGGUCUGGGGUUGGGGUGUAGAGAGUUGCUGUGAAGUGGAUAAAUCAACAGACCUUGCACAUAAAGUUGUGGGAAUGAGGAGAGGGUUGAUGGAGAGUGAAAGGAGGCAAUCCGGACAGCUGGAAGAUGGGACCGUAUAUUCCGCAGCAGGUAGAAUGUGCCCCCCCCUCCAAGAUGUCUGUAUCCUAAUUCCCAGAACCAGUAAACAUGUCACUUUACAUGACAGAUGUGAUUAAGAUCUUGGAGAGAUUACCCAGCUUGCUAGGUGGGCCCAUGUAGCCACAGGGUUCCUUAUAAAUC